AUUAUUUUAAUCCAAUUUGAAACAUUUUAAAUAUUAAUCAAUAGUUAAUAAUUUUGGUCCGUCAAUAACUUUUAAUGUUUUGCAAGGGAUUUUGACUCGGCGUUCUUUAAGACCACGCGUAGGCACGGUGUGGACGGACGCAGACGAGUAGAUCUGAGUUCAGUGGAGGUUGGACUGUUCGAGCUUCAGUGUGAAGAAAAACAUGUGUGAGCGAGCAGAACUGUGGGUUUGUAAAGCUGCUGUCGGCGAGGCUGAAUAACACGCCUGGACUAAACGGACCGAAUUAUACACUUCACAAUAUGAAGACGCGGACGCGUCAUGGGAUCAUAUUCAUUGGUUUUGUGACUGUGCUUACAAGCUUAUUAUUCCUGUACAACAGCAGUUCAUCCGAAACACCUGAAGAUCAGAUUCAAUCAGAUGGACAUCAGAUGAACGUUCUCAGUCAGCAAACAUCCUACUUAGAAGGUUACAGCAGCAUCAUUGAUCAUAAGCCUCUUAGGAUGCAUUGCAGAAGUUGUGCCUUAGUGACCAGCUCUGGUCACAUGACAGGAAGUGAUCGAGGUGCAGAGAUUGAUAGUAAGGAGUGCGUCAUCCGAAUGAACGACGCCCCGACAAAAGGCUACCAGAGUGACGUGGGCCAGCGGACGAGCCUGCGUGUGGUCGCGCAUUCCAGCGUGCAACGUGUGCUACGAAACCGCCUUGAGCUGCUCACCUCCAGCCAGGACACCGUCUUUGUCUUCUGGGGGCCCGGAAACUACAUGCGACGAGACGGUAAAGGCCUCGUCUACAACAACCUGCGCCUGAUGAAGCAGGUGAUGCCUAAACUACAGGUGUAUAUCAUCUCACGGUUGAAGAUGUUGCAUUUUGAUGAGCUUUUUAAGAAGGAAACAGGAAAAGACAGGAAAAGGUCCAAUUCAUGGCUGAGCACGGGUUGGUUCACCAUGGCAAUCGCUCUGGAGGUUUGUGACAGAAUCGACGUCUAUGGCAUGAUUCCUCCUGAUUUCUGCAAGUCUCCCAAGCCCUCAGUGCCGUAUCACUACUACGAGCCUGCAGGGCCGGAUGAAUGCACCAUGUAUGUCACCCACGAGCAGGACCGGCAUGGCAGCCACCAUCGUUUCAUCACAGAGAAACGCGUCUUUGCCAACUGGGCACGUAUGUUCAACAUACACUUCUAUCAACCUGAAUGGAGACCGGCACCUGUCGCAAAGAACAUCACAGACUCCUCUUGAGGAAGUUUGGGUUGUUUUUAGGACUCAGAACCUGCUGGACACGGUGUGUUCUUUAGAGGACAAAUGAAUGUUUUAACUGAAACAUUUUACAUUGUGAAUUAUUCUGUUCUUUCUAGAGGAUUGAAACAUCAAGAACAAUUUUAUAUAAGGCACAUGUUGAACAUAAACAGACUGAUCAUUUUAGUUGAAAAAAACUGAUGUGCUGAAUGAAAAUGUUCAAAGAUUGUAAAAUGUGACCAGAACAUGCAGUACAUUAUGAUCAGUAUACUUUAUAAUCCACAUUGGCUCAUAAUUCAGAAAACUGGGUUACAGUAUAAUUAUAUCACAGUUUCUGUUGCCAGCAAUUACUAGUUUGAUAUCUCAGGCCAUAUAGUUCGCCCGGUCUAAUUUCAUUUUAAAGUAUACAUAGAGCCUCACUAAUUUGUUUAAAUUAUCUGCUUGAAGAGUGUCAAGCAUGUUAAAAAUGUACUUCUCUUGGUGGCACGAAACAGAACCUUUUGCAAUUUGUUUAUUUUCCAAAAUCCACGUCUGAUUUAGUUUUUGUUCAGUACAUGUAAAAAAAGAUGCGUAUCUCUUAAAUUAAGCUGCACAUGUUUAUUUAUGCUAAUAAUACUGCGAUGUUCUCAGUAGUUCUAGUCUUUCCUCUAAAUCAGAGGUUCCCAGACUGUUUCAUGGCUUUAUUUCUAUUUGACUAUUUUACAUUUGGUGGCUAAUUCAUAUGAAUUUGUUUAAAAUGAUCAUAUGGGUUUGUAAGAUCAGCUUUAGGGGCUCCACACAUCUGUGACAUCAUUGGAACGUCAAAAGAUUUUUCUGUGGCAUCACUGAAACUUUAAUUCUGCAGCAGUUUUCAAACUGAGGAAAUAGUGAGUUCACACAGUCUAAGAAUGGUGGUGCAUUCAUGCUAGGUCAUAAAUAUGACAAAAAAAAAAUACAAGUUCUUUGAUUUAAUUACCAAGUAUGUUGGUAGCCGUACCUUGUGCUCAGGUUUUUCUCUUGUGAGAAUGACAAAUCUUUUGACGGAUCCUUCACAGAACGCGUCUGAAACGACCAACCCAAUCUCACAGGGAAAAUAACUAUGAAGUGGUGAUUUCAUUUAAAUUCAUACAAUGUGAAUUGUUUGAAAAUGUACUAUUUUAGGUUAGAAAGAACAAAGAAGCAUGAAGGUCCUACCCUAAACCUAACUGCCUCUCGGAAAGCAUUUUGCGAGCAAAUGUAAAGUUUCUCUACGGAACGCUAAAGACUU